CUUUGCUCAUGACAAGACUCAAUCGUCCAAUCCUGAAUAGAUACUUGAGAUGGCUUAUCAUUCCUUCUGGAUUGGGGUGUCAAUAUUUGUAGUUCUGUUCACUGUGGGUUUAUCUGCAAAUACAUGGAGCUUCUCAAUUUUAGGAUAUGAGCCCAGUGAUCAUCCUCAUUCAGAGGACAGUUUGUUACGACUGUUCCAAGCAUGGCAAACUAGGCAUGGGAAACUGUACAACAGUUUAGAUGAGACAGCCAAGAGACUGAACAUCUUUAAGAGGAAUGUGGAGUAUAUUCAUCAUCAUAACAGAAACACUAGUGCUGGUCACUGGUUGGGUUUGAACAAAUUUGCAGACCUAACAAAUGAAGAAUUCAAGGCUCUGUUUUCAAAGAAGAAAACUAAUCCAAAGAGAAGAUCUUUGGGUGCAAUGAUAAAGAAAGCUGAGUCAUGCAAGAUCCCUGCCUCUCUUGAUUGGAGGGAAAAGGGGGCUGUCACUGGAGUCAAGGAUCAAGGGAACUGUGGGAGUUGCUGGUCUUUCUCAACAACAGGGGCAAUUGAGGGUGUGAAUGCCAUAUCUACAGGGAAGCUUGUAAGCUUGUCUGAGCAGGAGUUGGUGGACUGUGAUUCAACCAACUAUGGAUGUGAUGGAGGCUCUAUGGACUAUGCAUUCCAGUGGGUCAUUCAAAAUAAAGGGAUUGACACAGAGUCAAGUUAUCCCUACACAGGGACAGAUGGUAGUUGCAACAUUAAGAAGGAAGCAAAGAAAGUAGUAGCAAUCGACAGCUACACCGACGUGGCAGAAUCUGAUUCGGCACUGCUCUGUGCGGCCGCCAAACAACCAAUCAGCGUUGGCAUUGACGGUUCGGCGUGGGAUUUUCAACUCUACUCUGGGGGAAUAUACGACGGAGACUGUUCCAGCGACCCAAACGACAUUGAUCAUGCAGUGCUGAUUGUGGGCUAUGCCUCCCAAGAUGGGGAAGACUACUGGAUAGUGAAGAAUUCGUGGGGUACAGACUGGGGAAUAGAGGGAUAUUCCUACAUUAGAAGAAACACAAAUAAAACAUAUGGUGUCUGCGCGAUUAAUGCAAUGGCCUCGCAUCCUAAUAAGAGCGCAACAGUAUUACGCCCAAGCCGUCUGAUAGGGCCGACAUCGAAAUUGUGAAAGUUCAGUAAGAAAUUUCAUGGAGCGAAGUAUAUUUAGUGUUGCUCCUCACAAACUAAGUGUUAUUUUACGAAAUUCGAUAUUGUAAUCCAUUCUAUUAAGAAUGAUUAAGGUUAAUCUUGUUUUGAAUAUGUUA